CUGCCCACCCCACCCUGAUUAGCGUUAGACGGUAACAAGGCUAUCCCAAUACAUUCCAAACUGCCAAGUACUCUCUAGUUUCCAUUCCUCCACCGGACAAGAUUGAAAAGCUGUCCCUCUACGUUUCCAUUUGCAGACCUCGGAUCUGAACUCUGAAGCUCUUGGUGCUUUUCAAGAAUCCACACCAAAAUUCAGAGAUGGAUUUCAUGAAGGUUUUUGAUCAGACAGUCCGAGAAAUAAAGAGGGAGGUGAACAUUAAAGUCCUCAAGGUUCCUGAGAUGGAACAGAAGGUUCUGGAUGCUACCGACAGUGAACCCUGGGGUCCCCAUGGAACCGCUUUAGCAGAGAUAGCACAGGCCACCAAAAAAUUCACUGAGUGCCAGAUGGUUAUGAAUGUACUCUGGACAAGAUUGACCGAUACUGGUCGAAACUGGCGUCAUGUGUAUAAGGCAUUGACUGUUAUAGAAUACUUGGUAGCACAUGGAUCUGAGCGGGCACUGGAUGACAUAACAGAACAUACUUUUCAAAUCUCAUCACUCUCAGGUUUUGAAUAUGUUGAACCUAAUGGGAAAGAUAUGGGAAUCAAUGUCAGAAAGAAAGCUGAAAACCUGUUGGCCCUUUUGAAUAAUAAGGAUAAAAUACAAGGAGUUAGAGAAAAAGCUGCUGCAAAUCGUGAUAAGUAUAUUGGACUUUCAUCAUCUGGGAUAACAUAUAAGUCAGGUUCAGCCUCAUAUGGUAGCUACGGUAGCGGCAGUGGCCAGUAUAAUGACCGAUAUGGAGGUAUAGGUGGCACAAAAGAGGGUGACAUGUUCAAGAGUAGUUACAAAGUUGGGGACCGUUUUGAAGAUGAAGAGUUCCGCAAAGAUAGCCAUGGUACAGAACGUAGAGGGAUUGAUAGUGAGGAUGAAGGGAACAAUGUAAAGAAGGGGUCUGCAAGUUAUGGCAGGUUAAUACAGUCUUGUUCCUUCACAACAAUGAUGGCCACUUGUUUUCCUGUACAUUUGGUCAACGUGGGUUAUAAACCAUUCAUUCACAGUGUUUCCUUACUUGUUUCUUGUGCUAUUUUUAAUAACUUCACCUUUGAUUGCUCUGAACUACCCUAUUUUUAAUACUUGU